AGCAAUACCUCUUGCGAGUGUUGUCAAUCAUGCCACCCAAGACUUCCGGAAAGGCUGCCAAGAAGGCCGGUAAGGCCCAAAAGUCUAUCACCAAGGGUGAUAAGAAGAAGAAGCGCAGGAGGAAGGAGAGCUACAGCAUCUACAUCUACAAGGUGUUGAAGCAGGUCCACCCUGACACCGGUAUCUCCUCCAAGGCCAUGUCCAUCAUGAAUUCUUUCGUGAAUGACAUUUUUGAGCGCAUUGCCGCUGAGGCUUCCCGCCUUGCCCACUACAACAAGCGUUCCACCAUCACCAGCCGGGAGAUUCAGACCGCCGUCAGGCUUCUGCUCCCCGGUGAACUGGCCAAGCACGCUGUCAGCGAGGGCACCAAGGCCGUCACCAAGUACACUUCCUCUAAGUAAAUUGCUUGGUUGCUCGGUUUCUCCGGUCUCCUACAACAACAUCGGCUCCUUUAGGAGCCACA